CGUUAUCUUUAGCCGUCUGCUUUUGCUAAUGCAAUUCUCCAAUGGACGGACGGUGAUUGUUUAUUUAAUGACUGAUAUUUUGUUUCAAGACUGUUAACUUAAUAACGUUUGGAAAAUAAUUGAUUUGUUAUUCAAAAGCUUUUAUUGUACAAACUAUUCAAACCCCUGGGAAAUGAUAUUAUCUGCAACUACAAGAGUGUAAAAAUAUUGCAGAUUCAAGAUGAUGUGGCAAGAAGCGAGGAAACAAGAGAAGAAAAUACGAGGGAUGCUCGUAGAUUAUAAGCGACGAGCUGAAAGGAGAAAAGACUACUACGAGAAAAUAAAAGCAGAUCCCACCCAGUUCAUACAACUACAUGGUCGUCCGUGCAAGAUUCAUUUGGAUCCCGCGGUGGCGAUUGCGGGGGACAGUCCAGCAAAUAUGAUGUCUUGGCAAGGCAACCAUGAUAUACUGAUAGACAGAUUUGAUGUAAGAGCUCAUUUGGAUUUCAUCCCAGAAAACACAUCUAAAAAGGACGAAGAUGAUGAGGUAUCUCAAGAAGAAAGAUACAUAAACUACGAACGUUACCGCAUUCUUGCGCAGAAUGAUUUUUUAGGAGUGAGUGAAGAUAAAUUUCUUCAACAAUUAGCUCUUGAGGAACAAUUUGGACCAGUAGAAAAAUCUGAACCUCCACCCAUAGAAGGAAAGAAAAAGGUCCCAGGAGCGGCUAUUGGUUACAAUUACAAUGAGGGAUCUUCAGCCAAUAUGGGGGGUUCUGUCAGUGGUAUAGGGGGGGCCGGGGAGCCCCCUGCAGCUGACAAAGACAGCAGUGACGACGACGACAAUGACGAAGAGGAAGAUGAAGACAGCGAUAUUGACUUUGAUCUGUGUGUUGACGUAAACAAGAUCAGUUCGGCCCAGGCACACGAGAUGAAUGCUGCUGCACUCGCAUACGGGAUGUGCAGCAACGACUUCUUCAGUUUCCUCACACGCGACGUAGAAGAGGCGGAAACUCUGAAACUAGCACGGGAACGAGAGGAGGAGAAGGCGAUGUUCUCGGGAAGAAAAUCUCGACGAGAAAGAAGAGCUUUUAGGGAGAAGAAACUUGUUGGAAGAAAACUAAGUCCUCCAAGCUAUGCAGCUUCCAAGGCAGCUCCAAUCGUUGAUCUGAUCCGUAAUGUGCCCAAGGCCAAGUCUAGGAGUCGGUCACGCUCUGUUUCGCCUCCGAACGCAGGGAUGAUUCAAUACAUCACAAGCUUUGGAGGGGACGAAGUACCUUUGGAACCACCACCUCCUCAAGCCAUAAAAACUAGUGUCCACGCCAGUAAGGAAGAUGAUAAAACGUACAAACGAACUGUAAGGUACAGAUCAUCAAGAUCUCCUGACUCUGCUAGGAAAAGGUCGUCAGACAGAACAUACGGGUCAAGGCGAAGGUCGAGGUCACACAGUCCGUCCUGGAGGUCAAGGUCGCCGGUGUCACGAACUGUCCGUUACCACUCUAGGUCUCCUGUCCGAUCUCCGUCUAGGUCUGACCACAACCAUAGGAACACAAGUUACAGAAGGAGACGUAGUGCUUCCAAGUCUAAAAGUUCGUCACCCGUGCAAAGGAUAGUGAAGAAGUUGGAUUCACCACAACCUAUUAGAAGUGUAGAAGUCCCUGCUCCCCCUGUGAUUACCAGAUAUUACGGCCGUCACAAGAAUGAGUCUUCAUCAUCAGAACUAGAUUUGUCAGAUUCAGACGACAAAAAUGAUCAGAACUCAGAAAAAACUUCAUCUGACAAGAAUGUUCAAGCUGUGGGUAAUGCGGGUGGCAGAUCCAAACCUGGGUCGUCUUCAAACUCAAACUCCAAGAUGUCACUUCAAGAACGGCUUAAAAAGAAGAGGCAGGCGUUGAUCAAUAGACAGUACAAAGCUGAUAAGAAGGCAGAACGUCUGCGGCUGGAGAAGGCUGAACAGGAACGGCAAGAUAGGGAGGACGAGAUGAGGGAAAUAUCCAUCAAGAUGAGGCGGAGAGAACGCCAGAAGAGACACCAGUACUACGAGAUGGACGACACCAACGCAGCCGACAUGUCAGACGAGGACAGAUUCAGCUCUGCAAGUUCUACGUCCGGUAGUGAGAAGCAAGGAUCUGGCUCGGAGCAGAGAUCUCAUUCUCGAUCUUCAAAGAAAUCCAAUCGUACUCAAGAUUUGGACAGGAGUCGAAAUAGUCGAGAACGAGACAGGAGCCGAGAGAGAAAAGACUCUUAUCGAGAGCGAGGGCGAACACCAGAGCGGGACAGGGAAAGAGACAGAUGGUCUAAGAGACGAGAUAGAGAAGACGAAAGGCCGUAUAGAGACAGAUCUAGAGAGAGAACAAGAGAUUCUAGAGAUGCAAGAGAUAGAGAAGCGAGCAGAGACAUCAGAGAUAGAGAAGCGAGCAGAGACAUCAGAGAUAGAGAAGCGAGAGAUCGAGAAGCAAGAGAUAGGUCGAGAGACAGACAUAGAAGAGGACGAGAUAGAGAAUGGACGAGAGACAGAGAAAGACGACGGAGUAGAGAAAGAGAUUACCAUGAUGGAUCUGUAGUGGUAAAGGCUAAAAGGCCAUUGGUGGAUUAUUAAGUUCCUGUUGCUGUGUUUCUUGAGUGUCAAAUACGGAAGACUGAGAGAAAAUAUUCUACUCUGUUUUAACGUUGUUAAUGCUUAGUGUACAUAAGAAUAUAUAUUUUGUCUCUGUGGAUGCUUGUUUUAUAAAAUGUAUAAUAUUUUAUAUUCUUUCCAAGCAAUGGACUGGUUUUACUGUGUAUAAUAUUGCUAAAUGUAACAUAACUUAUGUUUAUUUGUCCUUGUUUGAAUUCACUUUGUGAAAGCCAGGUAUAUUUUUUUCAUUAGAUUUAUGAACAUCCUUUUCUGUGAGACUAUGGAUGUAGUAGAAAAUGUGUAGGGGCAAAACUACUCUUAUUUGUUUUAUCUUAUUGCCAAAUAAAACUAAUAUAUUUGAAUAAAGAUAAAAGUAUAGUUUUCCACGCCGUUAGAUUUUAAUUUUAAGUUUAUGUUAAUUUUUCAACUUUUUUUUGCAUGUUUUAUGUAUUCAGUUUUAGGCUGAAUUAAUAGCUAUAAAAAUAUAUUUGGAAAAAGUUUUAAACUUGACUUGCUAUCUUAAUUAUUUUGAAUUAUUCUUUAUAAGUUGCUACUUGUAACGGUGCAACAUUUGAUUGAGAUAAAAUUUUAAUGUCUUUAAAUUAUUUUUAAAUGUUAAUAAUUUUCUUUUGUUGUUAGUUUCUGUAAAUAUUGAUAAUCUUCCAAGUCCUGUUUGAAAUUUAAUUUAUUUAAAUUUUCCAUAUGA